GUCGGUGAGUGGGCACUCGCGAAUCGAUUGGGGUUUUUUGGUUUGACGCUUUCAGCUUGUUGCUCAUUCGUAUUCUUCACAAAACGUUUGUUGUUCCCCAGAGUGCAAGACGCGUAUUUUCUUCGAAACAACGAAAUUACAAAAGAAAACGGCAAAGAUUCGGAAAGAAAGAUAGAAAUACGUCGGUCGGUUGCCCAAACAUUUAAUGAACCCAAGAAAAUAAGAAUAACGGUUUAUUUCAACUGAUCGAGAAUAAAUUAAAAGAAGAAGAAAAACGCCAGACAACAAAGUGAAAUAUUAAAAACCAAUCGAGUGUCUGUGUGUGUGUCAAGUGUUCCGGAAUUCUGGGAAUACGAAUUCUUGUGCUUACAUUAGAUCAGUAUUGAAAACGGAAAAUUAAAAAAAAAAGAAAGAAAAGAGAUACAAGAAAUUUAAAAGAAAAUCUCAUUGCGUUUGACGUGGACAAAUUGCGGCCAUUGUGUGUGCGUGUGUGUGUUGUUGGUGAACAAAUUUUGAACAUAUUUCCGUUGCCGAAAUAGUGUCACAAAAUUUUGAAAUUCCCCAAAACAAAACUACCACCCACCCACAGAAAAAAAAAAAAAACAAAUCGCUCUCUCACACACAGAUCGCACCCAUACAGUUAGAGUUUAUGAGAUGACAUUAAGUUUUUGUUGGUUUGUUUGUAAGGCUCAACCUCGCUGAGAGACUCUUUUGUUAAUUUGUGUGAGUGACAAAGUUCAGUUUCAGUUUUUUUUUUCUUUUGUCUCAAAGCCAUGUUGGGCUCACCCCCAGUUAUGCAUACACACAAACACACAUAUCUAAACGGUACGUGUUGAAAACUCUCAUCGCCCUCCUCCAUCGAUUGUUUUGGUGAGAAAAAUAAUUGAAAACAAAGAACGUAUUGAAAAAAAAUAUUUUGAAAAAGAAAACAAACCGAAAAGUGAAAACAGCAAGUGCCUGCAACGAAAUAGAAAACUAGAACGAACAUAAAGAAAAAAACAGAAAACAUUUCAAAAUUCAUUUUCUUCCGACGAAUGCAGAAUCUGAGAAUUUGUGAGCAGCAGCAGCAUCAUCAUCAGCAUAUGGCCAUUGGAAAUUUGGCAAAGGAAAAGACAUCAACCAGAUUAGCAUCAUCGUCAGCAUUGACUAUAUCAAGAAGCUGCUAAAACCCACCAUUGCCAACGAGACUUCUCGGCGGCGUUGCAUUUACAAAACACGAAAUCAGAAAACGCCAGAAAACAUUUCGAUUUGGCAAAAUUUCCCAACAAAAGAACAACAAAAAUUAUUUUGCGUCUGUUUUGUUUUGUCGAUUGGAACAAAUUUGAACGCAUCAUAAUAUGUGCACAGAGCAACAACAACAACGUUUUCAUUUUAUAGUUAAUGAAUCGAAACAACAACAACAACACCAAGAACCUCACUCAACCGCUCUGCACCAAGAACCACGUCCUCCACCUCCUCCCACAUCUGUUAUUACUUCAUUUCCUGCUAAGGCAACGCUUAGAAUUUUAGCACCUACGACCAAGCAGAACCGUCACCACAAGAACAACACCACGUUAGACCAUUGUCGUCAAACUCAAAUCAAACAACGCCAGCAAACCGCCAACAUUUGCUUACCAUUCGAGACAAUAACACGCUCUAGCGUCACGCUACGUGACAUUGGUGGCUCAGCAAUUAAUAAUUUGUGGAUUGAUUACACAUAGCCACCGGAUUAGGGGCCCACUUCAGAGGGGGGAUUAUCUCAAGACAAGAAGUAGAGGAAGUCGAACAACUUAAUAACCACCAACCAAAAAGAAAACUCAAAACUCAAAAAACGAAGAAAACCUCUCAACAGACAAACGUUGGAACAAAGUGGAAACGAAACACACACCGCGUAUUAAUUCAAACUCAACAAUGAACUUGAAUCAGGGUAUGAUGUUUGUACCCGGCAAUGGUGGCCAACCUGCCACACCCAACAUGAUGAUACCAGGUGGUGCUGGAGGCGCGGGAGGGGCUCAUUUUAUGGGUGGCCCACCACCACCACAUCCCCAUGGCCAUCCCAAUGCCAUGUAUCAUCAUAUGCGACAAAUGAUGAAUUUUCCCCGAUUUAUGGGGCAAUCUCCGCCACAAAGGUCUGGAUUUUCCUACUAUCACCACCACCAUCAUCAGCAGCAGCAACAUCACCACCAGGCUGGGCCGCGUCACUUUUACAAUCCCCCACCACCCGGCAUGAUGAUGAAUCAUUCGCGAUCACCUUUACAAAAUAACAUCUUCAGCCACGGGGGCAUAUGGACCAACAGCAAACAUAAUUUUCCACCCAUACAAGGAGGAAGUCCUCCUCGAAACUGCAAUCAGCCAAAGGAUAAUGUCAAUGCUGAACCGACUACCUCAGAAACUGCAAAAACAGCUACAACAACAAUGGAAAAUGAAACAACAAAGGAACAAAAUGCCUCCAAUGAAACGCCAAAAGGGGAACACAACAAACAACAGUCGCAACCGCAACAAUCCGUUAAGAAAUCUGAUAAAAUCGACAAAGUUUUAAAUAAAUCGUUAACGAAACUUCCGAAAAUUAAACGUGCCGAUUCUAAAUUAGCUAACAAGAAAACAACAACAGCAGCAGCAACGCUGGUCGUUGCCGAGGCGGUGGCAACGGUAACGUCAUCCGCCGCCGCCACCACCGGCAAAAUAUCUUCAGCUUCAAUUUCAACAACAACAAUGUCAACAGCAGCAACGUGUGUGAAAAUCAUCAACAAGGAUAUGAAACAGAGGGAACAACAGAAAAAGAAAAAUGACACUAUGCAACGUAACAGUAGCAAAGCAAGUCAUGCAUCAUUGUCAUCUCCCACCACAUCCAAUCACAACAAUCAAAAUAAAUCCCACAGCAAAGAUCAUCAUCAUCAUCACCAGUCAUCAUCCCACAUUUCAUCCUCAACGAGUGGUCAUGGCAAAAACUCUAAUCACGACUCCUCCGAUUCGGGUAUCUCAACUGGCAGUGGUCAUCAGCAUCAUGCCAAUAGUUCUUCGGCCACCUCGAAACAGCGCAAAUCUCGCGGUAAUAACAAACGUCAAGAUGGCACUUCGAAUGCUGGAAAUUCCACGGCCACCAAUGGUAGUGGCCAGCAGCAGCAACAAAAACAACAACAGCAACAACGUGGCGCUGCCUCAACGGCUUUUACGGUGAAUGAUUGGUUGCAAAACGAUUUGUAUUGUUACGAGAGACGGCGGUAUUUAGCUUCAUGCGGCGAAGACUCUAUGAUUGCAUCUCGUCAUAAUCCAGCACAUCGUAACAGCACAUCCAGCGAGGCUGCCGGCAGUGAUGACUUGAAUACCAGUUCCAGCAAUGAGGACCUCAGCUCAGCCUAUAUUGUCCAGAAUAAGGCGGCCAAUAAGAAAUCAUCCAAGUCACGUCAAAAACGUCAACAGAAACGCAAACAGAACAACAACCACUCCAAUGGCACUGGAGCUUCUGCUUCUUCGAACACCAAUGGCUCCCAUAAAAAUAACUCCAGUGAUUUGCUACAGCCCAUGGACAUUGAUGAGGAGUACAAGGAGAAUCACAAGCCACUGGGAGCAAAACAAUCCCACAACAACAACACGAACUCCACAGCAGCUAUUAAUCUACGCAAGCAAUGCACAAAGGCAGCCGCUCUCAAGGCGGUGUUGAACAACAGUAAAUUGGGCAAAUUAGGAACGCCGGGCGUGAAUGCCCUGACCACAUCUCCCUCCAAUUCGUCGGUCUGCAGUUCAUUGUCAUCGGCCUCGUCGACCACCUCGAUUUCAUCUUCAUCGCUGUCCUCAUCGGCCUCAAGUUCGCCCGCCCAUUCGGCCAAUUCAUCACCCACUGCCUCGCCCACGGCCAGCAAACGUAAUGCGGAACAUUUAAAGAAGGUGGCCCAGGCCUUGGCCCCACCACCCCUUAGGCAGUUUGUGAAACUAAAUCUCUCCGAGAGUGAGUUGGUGCAACAAAUGCGUCGCUAUGUUGUGGAUCCCAGCCUUUUGCGCGUCUAUGGCUUCCCUGUGGAAUCAGUGCAUCACGAGGGCUGCAUAGAAAUCUACAAAUGUUUGCCCAAGCACCUGGCCGAAGAGGCUGUGACCAAGGAUAAUCAGAGACAUCAUCGCCACUAUUACGGACGCAAAAAGUCGAGUGUCAUCAAUUCCUAUGACGGCUUGUCGAGUUCACAGCAAUGGUCCAACUCCAGCACGGCCAUAGAUUCGGGCCAUGGUUCGGGGGAUUCGAGUCCGCGUUUUACAGAUUCCGAUUCCAGUGAAAUGGGUGAAGAUGAUAUGACUUGUGGCCUGGAGACGGAGAAUCCCCCCGUCAUGGCCUUCUACACACCCGAUGGGGUCUAUCAGAUCUUUUCCGAAUACGACAACUCCGUGGAGAAGCAAUGUGUGCGCUGUUCGAAAAUGUUCGAGGUAAACUCUGAGGGAGAGUAUCUGACCUUUGAACCCUGUACCUAUCACUGGGGCAAGGCGAAUAAUGUGUAUAACGGUAAAUGUUAUGUCAACAUCUAUUCCUGUUGCCAGGGUGAGGAAUCGAGCGAAGGCUGCAGCCAACAUCCGUUGCAUGUUUGGAAUGGGGCAGUGGUGGGCAUCAAUGGACCCUACAGCGAUUUUGUCCACACCCGGCCACGCAGCGAAAAACAGAAGAACCGCCACCCCAAAAUCUAUGCCAUCGACUGUGAAAUGUCCUACACCGGCCUGGGCCUGGAGGUGACCAAGGUCACUGUGGUCGGCUAUGAUGGUUCACUGGUCUAUGAACACUUCGUCCGGCCCCAAGCCGAGAUAAUCGAUUAUAAUACCCGAUUUUCGGGCAUCACCGAAAAAGAUCUCUCACCCGACUCGAAUAACUCCAUCAAGACCUUCGCCCAGGUCCAGCAGGAUCUGCUGAAGCUGUUCGAUGCCGACACCAUACUCAUUGGCCAUGGGUUGGACAAUGAUUUGCGUGUCCUGCGCCUGGUGCACAAAACCAUUGUCGACACAUCGCUGAUAUUCAGCCAUUCGACCGGUUAUCCAUAUCGGCGAUCUCUUAAGAAUUUAACCAAGUCCUUUCUCAAGCGGGACAUUCAGUGCAGCGACAGUGGUCACAGUAGUUUCGAGGAUUCGCGGGCCUGCCUAGAGCUAAUGUUGUGGAAGGUACGCAAGGAUUUGCGUCACUGGAGCUAUCAAUGAGAGGACGUCGAGGAGGAUGAAGGGAUGAAUGCUAAACGGAGGCAACAGGAGGCCAUUCUCAGUACCCCAUGGCAAUCUGUUGCCACCGGCACGGCAGGGGCAAUGUGGUUCGAAGACGGCUGGAGGCCAGCAUCAUGGCCAUCAUUGGAUUGGGUGUAUCCUUCGGCGUCUACAGCCUUGUGCUAUUGUGAUUGUAUGCGUGUAUAUACGACAAGUACUAUUAAUUGUAAUUGUAAUAGUAGUGGUAGUACUAGUAUUAGUAAUAGCGGUAGUAGUGGUAAUCGUAGUCUCUAUGCGACGACGACGAGGAUGGCGACGACAUUGACAAGCGACACCGGUAGUGGUGGCAGGGGGGUCUAUGCAACAUAUCUAACUGUAAAUACGACCACGGCCACCACGACGACGACGAUGAUGAUGAUGUCGAUGUCGAUGAGUGAAUGUUUUUAUUAUCGUAGCCUGUAAGGGAGUGAGUGAGUGUGAGUGGGUAUGAGUGGGUGAUGAAUGAGUGUGUAUGUGUGAAUGCCUAUUUUACAUUGUGUGUGAAUGUAUGUCGUGUGAUUGAUUGUCUUAAAUAUACUAUGUAUGUAAACCUUUUUUUAUUUUCCUCUGGAUUUUUUCCUCCUUCCCCCUCCCCUUUUUGAAUGGCAAAAUUAUUUUUUGUUUUUUUUUUCCUCCGGUCGUUUGUAUGCAAAACACACACACAACAAAAACAAAACCCACAUAUAGUCAACACUAUUGUUGUUGAAAAUUGACUGAAAAUUGUAGUUUUAACCGACAUUUUUAGUAGAAUUAAGAUUAACAAAAAAAAAAACAUUUAAACAAAAAAUUAAAAAAAAGAAAACAAAAACACCGGCCAGCUAUACUGGCCGCCGUUAGCGCAUUAGUUUCUAAGUUGUACCUAUUUAUUAAAGUAUUUUUUUCUGUUAAGUUUUUUUAUUUCGAAUAUCAUUGAUUUUUUUAUUUCACACACACACACACUAGCAACAACAAAAAAAAAAACAAAAA